UUCUUAAUUUAUGUAAAAUCGUUUUCAUAGGUCAAAUGUCAAUUAAGAAAUCCUGUCAAAAGCAAUAGAUAGUGUGUCAUUUGUUGAUAAACCAUUAUCACUAAAAACAUUCAUUUCUGGAUUUAUACUUUUUUGGUUAAGCUUUAAAGUGUUUCAAACAAACAAGAUCCUAAAAACCGAUCAUGAAAGGUGGAACUAUUCCAAUAUGUUUUUAUAUGAUUCUUACUUCCAGUAUUGGUAGUCUAAUGGCGACAAAUAAAAGCCUUUACUUUGGAUAUGGAAGCAAUUUGCUGGAAAGACGAAUGCACCGGUCUAAUCCUAAUGCUGUUAGAUAUGGAAAAGGUGUAUUGAAGGAUUACACAUUAGACAUGGGCACAUAUGGGCACUUUUGGAAAGGCUGUGGUGCAAAUAUAGUCCAAUCGCCUGGAGACAAGGUCUGGGGAGCUCUAUGGCAGUUGAAGGAUGAAGAUUUUGUGAAUUUAGACCGGCAAGAAAGCGUACAUAAGAAUGUUUAUAAACGAAUAAUAGUACAAAUAGAAACCCCAGAAGGCCAAAAACUAAAUGCUAUAGCAUAUCAGAAUGUAAAACAAUUCGAACGGUUUGAUUUGACGAACUUACCGACAGAAAGACGACCUAGUCCAGCUUACAUGGAUGUCAUAAUCAAAGGAGCCCAAGAAACAGGCCUGCCAAUAGAUUACAUCAACUUUUUAAAGACUAUUUCGACCAAUGGCAUCGAUCAUGUUCCAAACUUAGAUCCAGAAAAAUAGGAUAAGUGUAUAUUAACUUUAAUUGUAAAGUUGUUUGUAAAUUGUAAAUAAAGAAAAUUUAUUUUGUUGGUACA